CAUUCUUUCUGCAUAACGUAUAGAGGCUCUCUCUUCCGGCUUCCUACUCUCUAAGAAGAAAGUUCCACGGUGGUCCUAUUCGGAGCCAUGUCUACCACCACAACCGCUGCCGCUCCUCCGCGCCAGCUCUCCCAGAAAGAGGCUGACAUACAGAUGAUGUUGGCCGCCGAGGUCCACCUCGGAACCAAAAAUUGCAACUUCCAAAUGGAGCGAUAUGUGUUCAAGCGCCGCAAUGAUGCUAUCUACAUCAUCAAUCUUGGAAAGACAUGGGACAAGCUUAUGCUUGCUGCCAGGGUUAUUGUUGCCAUUGAGAACCCUCAAGAUAUUAUUGUUCAAUCUGCUAGGCCUUAUGGCCAAAGAGCUGUUCUCAAGUUUGCUCAAUACACUGGUGCCCAUGCACUUGCUGGGAGACACACUCCAGGAACCUUCACUAAUCAGCUCCAGACCUCGUAUAGUGAGCCUCGCCUUCUAAUUCUAACCGAUCCAAGGACUGACCAUCAGCCCAUCAAGGAAGCUGCUCUUGGAAAUAUACCAACUAUUGCUUUUUGUGACACUGAUUCACCUAUGCGAUAUGUUGAUAUUGGGAUUCCUGCCAACAACAAGGGGAAACAUAGCAUUGGUUGUCUGUUUUGGCUUUUAGCAAGGAUGGUACUGCAGAUGCGUGGUACUAUCCGUCCAGGGCACAAGUGGGAUGUGAUGGUGGAUUUAUUCUUCUAUAGAGAACCUGAAGAGACCAAGCAACUAGAGGAAGAGGAGGCACCUCCUGUCCAAGAUUAUGCUGCUGCAGAUUUCGGUGCUGGUAUUGGUGCCAUUGCUGAUGGCCAGUGGCCUGUUGCAGCUGAACAAUCAUGGACUGACACAGUUCCACAACCUAUUCCAGCAGCUCCUGCUGCCAGCUGGACCCCAGAAGCUGGGGAUUGGGGUGAAGCUGCUCCUGCUCCACCAGUUCCUGUUCCUGCAGGGGAUUGGGGUGAAGCUGUUCCUGCUCCACAAGUUCCUCUUCCUGGAACUGAACACGUUACUGCUACUGGUUGGGAGUAAACUUCAUACAAGAGUUUUGAUUGCCCUUUUUUUUCCUUUUUUUGUUUCCUUGUGUGGAAGGAAACAUUUUAUGCUGCGCCACUUGUUUGAGUCCGGAUGAUACAUGUGACGUUGUCUAUUUACGAAAUAUAUUUUUCUAGGCUAAUAUAAAUGUUGGAUGAUGUCUUCAGUGCUCGUAAAAUGACAUGCUGAGUAUUUUUAUUUA